AUGUCAUCACCAAUGGAAAUGUGGGCGGCGGCGCGGAACCCUCCAGCUGACCCUACAAACCUGUCAUUCAAAGGCAAGACCGUGCUGGUGACUGGCGCCAACUCGGGCCUGGGACAUCAAGCGGCCAUUAAAUACGCUGCUCAGGGCGAAGAAGCCAAAGCCGCCAUCAUCAGUGCCACUGGGUGCCCUCCCGACAUCUUCAUCAUCGAAACCCUCGACCUAGCUCGGUUCGCGUCGGUGCGUGACUUUGCCGCCCGAAUUGAAGCGACUGUGCCAGAACUACACAUACUUCAGCUCGCUGGAGGCAUCGCCUGUCUGGAAUUCACGCCCGGUCCCGAUGGUCCAGCAUUGGAUCUCGAGGUUGAUGCCUUGUCUCCCACAUUGAUCGCCUUGCUGCUGCUGCCCAAGAUAUGCGCCACCGCCGAGAGAAUGACAGCUGCAGGAAGAGAUGAUUAUUGUUAUAUUUCUUUUGUGAAUAGUGCUGCAUGCCUCGAGGUGAAGCGGGACGAUCUGCCGCCGGGGCAGAGCCUAGUACAGCGCAUUGAAGAUCGGGCCAAGUUCGAGUACCGCAAGCAGUAUUUUCUGAUCAAGCUGGCGGCAUGGUAUCUGAUGAGAGGCGUUGCCAAUGCCGUCGACUCGCAAGGUGAGGUGGCAAAAGCGAGAGUUAUUGUCAAUGCUAGCUGUCCGGGUAUGUGCAAGACCAACUGGUUGCGCGGUGCACCAAUUUUCCAGCGGCUGAUGAUGAACCUGACGUGGGUUGUUUUUGGACGGUCGGCGGAGGAGGGCGCCCGGACUUUAGUGGGAGCCACUGGCCUUGGGCCGGAAGGUCAUGGCAGGCUAUGGACAAAUGACAAGAUUGCACCAUUGAGCGAAUUACAAGACAGCGAGCGUGGCACUGAGCUAUUCAAGGAGACAUGGGACGAAGCGAUGGGGGGUAUUUUACGCGAUUACCUAGGUGCCUUCCAGCCAAAUAGAUUUGACGGCUUUGUUGAGAAAACUCAAGGAUCUUCCAUCACCAGUCAUGCAAAAUUGCGACACAGACGAUUUGCACUGCACUCCAACAUUUUCCACUUUAAGCGUACACUUCUGCCGAGUCCUCCGAAUGCGGUUCUACCCGCACACGGCACUGCCAUCGUUGCUCUUAGGACCUUGCUGGAUGCUGAUGUCCAGGAGUAUGAUCAGGAUGCAGCACCGUUUCCCAAGUGGCUUCGGGCAAGUACAAGCUCGGAGCGGCCAUGGUUCUCCAUAUGUACUAUGACACAUGUCCGAGGAGGGCUCACUGGCAGGGCCCUGACCUUGGAGACAGGCACUGGUCCACCUACCAAAACGAAUGUGGGCCUGUCGUCUCCCAUAUCAUACCAGGUUCUCCCUCUCAUGACAACAAGUAGAAGAGACACUUACAGCGCCUUGCAGGGCGAUAUUGACAUUUUUCUCCUUUGCGCUCAGCAAGGCGUCCAUGCAGCCUACGAAUGGGUGACAGUUGCUGAUUGUCUUUCAUCACCAAGCAUGCCUACUCUUAUCGCGAGAGGAGGAGAGAGUGAUAAUCUUGGUCCAAAGAUAGAUGGAGUAUGCUGGUCAUUAACUGCCAUCACGGCCAUUUUCCUCGGCGUUCGCCUCUACGUCAAGGUGACCCAAAGCAAGUUGUGGUGGGAUGACUACGUUCUUCUGGUAUCGUGGCUGCUGCUGGUAACAGCCGUGGGCAUAUCGACUUAUAGCGUGGCACUAGGUUUCGGUAGACACAUGAAGGACGUCCCGGUGGAUAAAAUUUGGGAGCUCGUGAAGCUCACCGAUAUCACCAGCGCCUUGACGCUAGUCGGCGCCGCCUGCUCCAAAACUUCGUUUGCGCUGUCACUGCUCAGGCUUACGAGUGGGUGGACAAAGGCCACGAUAUGGUUCAUCAUUAUCACCAUGAGCUCGGUGCUAUGCACCAAUGCGAUACUGCCCUACGUGCGAUGUUGUCCGAGCGAGCUUGCAUGGAAUCCACACGCCCAUGGCAAGUGCUUCUUUGAUGUCCAGAUUUCUAUUCACUUCAGCGUGUUUGCUGCCGCGUAUUCGGCCGCAAUGGACUGGAUCCUUGCUCUCAUCCCCUGGCCAAUCAUUAUGCGAUUGAACAUCAAGACAAAGGAAAAGAUCGGUAUCGCGAUUUGCAUGAGCCUGGGUUUCUUCGCUGGUAUCACUUCUGUCGUACGCUGUUCCACCAUUCCACUUCUUGUAUCGCAUGAUACCACCUACUUCUCGGCCGAUGUAAUGAUAUGGACAGCUGCUGAGAUCGCCACAACCAUCAUGGCUGCUUCGAUACCCGUUCUCCGAGUCUUCUUACGAAGAAUGGUCACAGUGCGGCGAAGCGCCGGCAGCAACACAAAUCACAAUUCAUAUCACCGCUCAGCCGCGGACGGCACAUUUCUCAAGAGCAUCCGGGCCGAGUCCGAGGAUACGGGGUGCACCACGAAAUGUACGAGUGGGGCACGAGGUCGCAACUCGGGUGUCAUCGAAGACAGCCGAAGGACAAGCAGGGAUACACGAAAGAUUACUUCUCCUUCAGCACCAGACAGCCGGAGGAAAAUUGUCAAGAUUGAAGAAGUUGCCAUCAGGUCCGAAACGAGGAGUCAUCAGAUCGGUGGGAGUUCCAGGACGUCGACUGGCACUAGAUCACAGUCGAGAAGUAGCAUAGAGCUGCAGGAUUUGCAACGGUGA